ACUUUAGGCCAAGAUUUCUCUUUUUCUCUUUCGCACCAUCUCUUGGCCAGGCCGAAGCUGAAACAAAUACCUAUGCCCUGAAUCGUCUUUCCGGCCACUCAGAAUCAGAUCUAUUCCUACUGCUUCGCCGGCGGUCCAGAUGUGGCCCAUCUACCGAGCCUUCUCGCUGUUUUCUCUCUUCUCUUUCCUUAUUCUAUCGCCGGCGAUCGCUUCGGAGUCUGAUCACAGAUAUCAAGAGGGUGAACAUAUAACUUUGUGGGUAAAUAAGGUUGGGCCUUACAAUAACCCACAAGAAACGUACAAUUAUUACAGCCUUCCGUUCUGUCAUCCUUCUGGCAAUACUGCUCACAAAUGGGGUGGUCUCGGGGAGGUAAUCGGUGGAAAUGAGCUUAUUGACAGUUUGCUUGACAUAAAGUUUCCAAAAAACCAGGACAAGACUGUCAUAUGUGAACUUGAACUUGAUGAGUCAAAGGUGAAACAAUUCAAGGAUGCGAUUGAAAAUAGUUAUUGGUUUGAAUUCUUCAUAGACGACCUGCCUCUAUGGGGUUUUGUUGGUGAGCUGCAUCCUGACAAGAACAGUGACAAUAGUAAGCAUGUGAUUUACACUCACAAAACUAUAAACCUGCAAUACAAUAAGGAUCAGAUCAUUCAUGUUAAUCUUACACAAGACAACCCAAAGCCUUUGGAAGUUGGGAGAAAAUUGGACAUGACAUACUCGGUGAAAUGGACAUCAACAAAUGUCACUUUUGGACGUCGUUUUGACGUUUAUUUGGAUUAUCCUUUCUUUGAGCAUCAGAUCCAUUGGUUCUCUAUUUUCAAUUCAUUCAUGAUGGUUAUCUUCCUCACUGGAUUGGUAUCAAUGAUCCUUAUGCGGACUCUUCGAAAUGAUUAUGCAAAAUACGCUCGUGAAGAUGAUGACUUAGAAACACUGGAAAGAGAUGUUAGCGAAGAGUCGGGCUGGAAGCUUGUGCAUGGUGAUGUUUUCAGGCCUCCUCGCAGCUUAGCUCUUCUUUCAGCUGUUGUUGGCACUGGAGCACAACUAUCUUUGCUCGUUCUUCUCGUCAUAUUGUUCGCAAUUAUUGGAAUGCUAUAUAUUGGGAGGGGAUCCAUUGUCACAACUUUCAUUAUAUGUUAUGCCUUCACAUCAAUCAUUUCAGGCUAUGUUAGUGGUGGGAUGUACUCACGACAUGGGGGUAAAAAUUGGAUAAAGGGAAUGAUACUCACCGCAUCACUUUUUCCCUUUAUGUGCUUCGGGAUUGGAUUUAUCUUGAACACAAUUGCCAUAUUCUAUGGAUCUUUGGCCGCUAUUCCCUUUGGCACUAUGAUGGUUGUUUUCGUCAUUUGGGCUUUCAUCUCUUUCCCUUUGGCUCUACUUGGCACUGUUGUAGGAAGAAACUGGAGUGGUGCUCCAAACAAUCCAUGCCGUGUGAAAACCAUUCCUCGUCCAAUCCCAGAGAAGAAAUGGUACCUCACUCCAUCAGUAGUUUCAUUGAUGGGAGGACUACUUCCUUUUGGCAGCAUAUUCAUUGAGAUGUAUUUCGUGUUCACAUCCUUUUGGAACUACAAGGUUUACUAUGUAUACGGGUUCAUGCUUCUGGUUUUUCUGAUCCUCACCAUUGUUACUGUUUGUGUGACGAUAGUGGGGACAUAUUUCUUACUCAAUGCAGAAAACUAUCAUUGGCAGUGGACUUCAUUCUUCUCUGCCGCAUCGACAGCUGUCUAUGUAUACUUAUACUCGAUAUAUUACUUCUCCGUGAAGACUAAGAUGUCGGGCUUCUUUCAGACCAGUUUCUAUUUUGGAUACACACUUAUGUUCUGCAUUGGUCUUGGAAUCCUUUGCGGGGCAGUUGGAUACUUGGGUUCAAAUUUGUUUGUUAGGAGGAUCUACAGGAACAUCAAGUGUGAUUAGAGAUGAUGGAGUGAAGGCACUUUAAUUAGAGCCUGAUCUUAUAUUUGAAACCAAAGUGGAGGAUAUGUAAUUCUUGCAGAUAAGAGGGAUUCAGCUUCAAAAUUCUCUCUAAUUUUCUUAAGAGGCUGUUAGUCAAAACACUUAUUUUUGCUACUCAAGUUAAAUUUAGAAUGCAAGAAGAGAUUGUGUUUAUAAAGUUGAAAACAUUACAUGUAAUUGGAUCUCUUUUUCGAUGUAUUAAUAUUUCAUUAUCAUUUUUCCCUAA